AUUAAUACAUUGUUCCACACAAUGCCACCGCCAAGCUAAGCCUGUACACUCACAGAAAGAGAGAAAAAUAAUUGAGAGAUGGGAAGUGAAGCAAAGCUAUGGCGGAACUCUGAACUUCCAAAGCUUCCUUUACUUGCAAUUACAGCAAUGGAGUCGCCAGAUCGCUCCGGAAUGCAAACCCCACCGAUCCGCUCCUCAGUGUCCGUCCCAUUUCGGUGGGAAGAGGAGCCCGGCAAGCCCAGGUUCUGUUUCACCACUCCCAAUUCCAAGGAAUCAACGGCUCAGAGAAAGUGCCUGGAACUUCCCCCCAGAUUGCUGCUAAUGGAACCCAAAAUCCCAAAACUCCCUCCUCCCAUCACCGCCCACAGACCCAAGGGGAUGUUUCAGAACCAGUGUUGUGGGUCGUUCAGAUUCGACAAACGGCAGCUCGGAGCCAUGGUUCUGAGAAAGAGGGGAGUGCUGAUGGAGAAGGAGUGGUUCUGUUGGCUGGGAAACAGGAGCUUUGGGCGCAGAGGACAACUUGGGUCUGCCUGUGGGAGUGUGUUUCCUUCUUCUUUGGAGAAGGGGAGUGGGAGUGAGAGUGAAACUGAAGGUGGGAGCAGUUCAAGGAUGAAGCUUGCACAGACUCACACAGAAGGGAGCUUCUCUUCUUGUCUUGUCCAAGCCAAGACUGAGUUUUGGGGAAGCAUAGGGGAAGGGUUGAAGCAGAUCAACAUUCCAUGGAAGAGGAAAAAGCAUAAGAAAGAGCACUGGUAAUCAUCAGAAUGUUUAUGUAUAAACCAAGUUUAGCUUGUAAUAUAAAUGCAUCGAAUAAGCAUAAUAUGGAGGGCAGAUGGUUUGGCUAGUGAUAGAGAUCUUUAUCAUCUUUUGAGAUAUCCUUGUACAGAAAUAAUGUUAUGAAUUGAAUGGUGAUUUCCCCCA